AGUUCUGUCAUUUUGGUACUCUCUAAUUGAUAUUAAGCAAAAUGCUUUUUGUAAAAAUUAUCGUCUGUCAUGAAGUCUAAACAAAGACGAGUGAAUCAUGGAAUAACUGAUUUUCUUAAAAAAUUUCUGCUAUCUUCAACGCCCGAUUAAUAUUCAUAAUUUAUUCGACAUUGGCCCUAUAACCUAUCAGAAUCGCGAACAAAAUUAUUCAAUGUGUCCAAAUACUCAGGAGCAAUUGCUGGCCUUCACAAUAGAUUUCAAAUUAGGAUUACUUAAGACUCCAACACCUUGAUAUUUUAUUCUUCCUUAAAAAAUGGAAAGAAUCACUAACGAAGAAUCUGAAGGAAUUAGUUAUGCCAGAAUUCCUAGCAAACUACCACCUUGGCUUUUGGAAAUGUCAGAAGCGGUGAAAAAGUUAAAAUUGAAUGACAGUAUCCAAUACAAAUCGCCAGAUGCGUUAGUAAAGUCGGAUGGAUUCCUUAAAAAUCCUUUGGACAAAACUAUAAAUCAUAAAGAGAAAAACAGAACAGAAGAGAAGACUUUAUUUGCAAUGCAUAAACUCAAGGAAUUCGAUUGUAAUAUAUUUUUACAAUCAACUGCCAAAUCACUUCCAAAUCCCCCCAAACACGAUAUCAAUCGUAGUUCUGAAGAAUCGAAUCGGACAUUCUUCACUUUACACGAUAUUUACCAAGCUGAAAAAGAAAGAAACCAAAUGAGUAGACUGGAUAAAUACCUUAAUGAUCAAGAAGCAAAGUACAAAUUUCCAGAUUCUCAUUUUAGAACGUUAAAUAGUUUUCAGUACCCAGCAAAAGAAAGAGAUUAUAAAAAGCAUUCUACAAAGUCGAAAACCCAGCCAUAUUUACCAAUAGGAAUAAUAAAGAGAAAGUUAGAUUACUUAUCAGGAUUUGCGCCAAAAGUAAAAAAUUCUAAUGAGAGAAUGGAUACUCACGUCAAUUUUGAAGACAAAUUUUUUUACAACAAAAGGCAGAAAGAACACGAAAUUGUAAAUAAAGACGAUCAACGCAAAUUUAAAAGCUCAAAAGAUGAAUUAAGGGAAUAUAAUCCAAAGUUUAUGUAUCAUUAUGAAGACGGUUCACCCAAAGACAGGACACCUAAGGAGGACUUUAUUAUUCCCGAAUUACCAUGUGGUCGAUCACUGACGAUUAAUAUUUUCAGCACCUGGGGCGAUAAGCAUUACGUUGGCUUGAAUGGGAUUGAGAUUUUUUCUGAUUCUGGUAAACCUGUAGUUGUAGAAAAGAUCCACGCUCAACCUUCGGAUGUAAAUGAACUACCAGAUCACAGCAACGACCCUCGAGUAAUUAGCAAUCUGGUCAAUGGAAUAAAUCGAACAAGAGAUGAUUUUAAUUUAUGGCUAGCACCUUUCACAGGCGGAAACGAUCAUUUAAUUUACAUGCAAUUUAAUGAGGCUGUUCACAUUGCAAUGAUUCGAAUUUGGAAUUAUAACAAAUCCAGAAUUCAUUCCUACAGAGGUGCGAAGGACGUUCUUAUUCAGCUUGAUGGAAUUACUAUAUUUGAUGGUGAAAUUGCGAGAGCAUCUGGUGAUAUUUUUGGUAGCAUAGAUUCAUUUGGAGAUACUAUAUUGUUUACUACUGAUGAGACUAUAUUACAACUGAUAUCAGAAAAUGAUCAGACUUUCGAUGAAUUUAAUCCAAUAAGUGAUUUUGAUAGAGAUGCUGAUAAAGAAAUUGAAAGACCCAUAACUGGCACUGAAAUUAGUUCUGAGAUUUGUGCUGCAAAUCAAUCUGUGAUUUCUGGAGAGAAUGACAAUAAUGGAAUAUCAAUCGCCUGCAAAGAGAUUCAACUAUUAUUAUGUUCUAAUUGGGGACUUUUCAAUAUGAUUGGAUUAACAGGAAUAGAAUUUACCGGUGAUCAAGACACGCCAAUUUCUUUAGCUCAUGCCAAAAUCUAUUGUAACACAGGAAAUGAUAAUUUAAUGAGGCUUUCCGAUGGACAUAAUUUAACAACAGACGGAAGUCACAUGUGGGCGACUCAAUUUUCACUCGAAACUACUGUUAUUAUAACUAUACAAUUUAAUACAGAAAUUUUCGUCAAUGGAAUGAGAGUUUGGAACUAUAAUUCUUCUUUAGACUUUUCAUAUUGUGGAGUAAAGAAAAUGAUCGUAAGAUUGGAUGGAAAACCAGUAUUCGAUUUUUUCGAUGGUUUUCUUUUAAGAAGAGCACCUGGAUGUUGUCAAUACGAUUUCGUACAGGAAAUUAGUUUUAUAAAUCCGCCAACCUCACAAAAGAUUCUUCCAAAUCAACACAGCUUGCACAUUGCUGUGUUACCGGAAGAUAGUACGAAUAAUGAUAUGGAUUAUGAAGCGCCACUAAUACCUCAAGGUUUUGUAUAUCAAAUUGCAAUAUUUUCUACCUGGGGGGAUCCUUACUAUGUUGGCCUCAAUGGAAUUGAAAUGUACGAUGCUCAAGGUUUUAAGAUCGAAUUAACUAAGGACAAUAUAGCAGCUUAUCCCGAAAGUGUAAAUAUUAUAGAAGGUAUAGAUAAUGAUGUAAGAACACCUGAUAAGCUUAUUGACAGUGUAAAUAAUUCUCGAGAUGGCCAACAUUCAUGGCUUGCACCAAUUCUACCAGAACAGAUAAACAGGAUUUAUAUAAUUUUCUAUCAUCCUAUCGCUGUUUCUAAAAUCAAAUUAUGGAAUUACGCAAAAAGUCCACUGAGGAGAGUCAAGGAGUUUGGUGUUUUAGUAGACGAUUUGUUAGUUUACAAUGGAAUACUUGAUAAAGACAGUCCAAACGGUGUAAUUUAUUUCAAAAAUGACAAAGAAGACCAAGUUUUUAAACGCAGUUCUACUCGAUCUCAACACGAAGUACAUCUUUUGAAUUUAGAGAAAAAAUCAACGUCUGGUGGAGAUACUAUGCCAGAUCCAUGUCUUCGUCCACACACUUCUCUUAUUCAAACCAAAUCAUAUCCGCAUUCUCAAUAAACAAAAAUAACCUUGGGUACAUUCGCUUUUUAAUGUAAAAUUUGUAACAUACUUGAUUUUU